AUGGGAAGAAGUCCAGAAAUCGAGGCAGCUUUCCGGCCGCUCAGAGCCGGUGAGCUCCAGGUGCUGCGCGCACAAUACGAGAAGGAGGGCAUGUAUGCCGGCGUCCAGACCAAGUUCAAUUACGCGUGGGGCUUGAUUUGCGAAGACACACGGUCUGAUCAGCAAGAAGGUCUGCGUCUGUUGGCCGAGAUCUUCAGGGCCGCCCCGGAACGUCAACGGGAAUGCCUCUGGUACAUGGCCCUGGCCAAUUAUAAGCUGGGCAACUACGGCGAGUCCCGACGACUCAACGAUGCCCUGCUCGAGCAUGAAGGCAAGGACGAGCAGGGUAAAUGGAAGAACCGUCAGGCAUCGAAGCUGGAGGAUGCGAUAAACGAGAAAGUGACGAGGGAGGGCCUGAUGGGCAUUGCGAUCAUGGGAGGCUUAGCCGUCGCAGCGGGCACGGUCGCCAGCCUGGUUUUCAAGGGUGUCAGAAGACGGUGA